AUGAUGAUGAUGUCCCUGAACAGCAAGCAGGCGUUUAGCCUGCCGCACGGCGCCAGCCUGCACGUGGAGCCCAAGUACUCGGCCCUGCACAGCAGCGCCUCGCCGGGCUCCGCGGCGCCCGCCGCGCCCGCCGCCAGCUCCCCCAGCAGCUCGGGCAACGCGGGCGGCGGCGGCGGCGGGGGCCGGGCCGGCGGCAGCGGCGGCGGCGGCGGCGGCGGCGGCGGCGGCGGCGGCGGGAGCUCGGAGGCGAUGCGGAGAGCUUGUCUGCCAACCCCACCGAGCAAUCUAUUCGGCGGGCUGGACGAGAGUCUGCUGGCCCGGGCCGAGGCUCUGGCCGCUGUGGACAUCGUCUCCCAAAGCAAGAGCCACCACCACCACCACCCGCCCCACCACAGCCCCUUCAAACCCGACGCCACGUACCACACCAUGAACACCAUCCCCUGCACGUCGGCGGCUUCCUCCUCCUCCGUGCCCAUCUCGCACCCGUCCGCGCUGGCCGGCACCCACCACCACCAUCACCACCACCACCACCACCACCAGCCGCACCAGGCGCUGGAGGGCGAGCUGCUGGAGCACCUGAGUCCCGGGCUGGCCCUGGGCGCCAUGGCGGGCCCCGACGGCGCGGUGGUGUCCACGCCGGCGGCGCACGCGCCGCACAUGGCCACCAUGAACCCCAUGCACCAGGCGGCGCUGAGCAUGGCCCACGCGCACGGGCUGCCGUCGCACAUGGCCUGCAUGAGCGACGUGGACGCCGACCCGCGGGACCUGGAGGCGUUCGCCGAGCGCUUCAAGCAGCGGCGCAUCAAGCUGGGGGUGACCCAGGCCGACGUGGGCUCGGCGCUGGCCAACCUCAAGAUCCCCGGCGUGGGCUCGCUCAGCCAGAGCACCAUCUGCAGGUUCGAGUCGCUCACGCUGUCGCACAACAACAUGAUCGCGCUCAAGCCCAUCCUGCAGGCCUGGCUGGAGGAGGCGGAGAAGUCCCACCGCGAGAAGCUCACCAAGCCCGAGCUCUUCAACGGCGCCGAGAAGAAGCGCAAGCGCACGUCCAUCGCCGCGCCCGAGAAGCGCUCGCUCGAAGCCUACUUCGCCAUCCAGCCGCGGCCCUCCUCCGAGAAGAUCGCCGCCAUCGCCGAGAAGCUGGAUCUCAAGAAGAACGUGGUGCGCGUCUGGUUCUGCAACCAGAGGCAGAAGCAGAAGCGCAUGAAGUACUCGGCCGGCAUCUAG